CAUUCAAUGGUCAGAAGGCCGACAGAGGAAGGGCAGCGUCGUCGUCUUAGCUGGUUGUACGACUUCAUGGUUCGCCUUUUCUUCUAUCCGAGAACUCAAAAUUAUAACCGAGUUGUUACUGACUCGUCUGUCAUCCCGUAGCUCCUUAGCACCAAGUCUACUCUUCCUUCUCGUCAGUAUCUCGGUUAUUCUGAUCAGUUUAAAAGUAGUACUGCCGUUCCGCUCUGAUUAUUUAUUUUCCAUAGAAAUGCUGUUGACUUUGAAAAGUCCUCGGUAAUAAUUUCAUUUUUUUCCUAGAGCAGGGCUAGAAGUUGGUUGUGGUUCUCUCUCUGAACAAUCUCGUCGAUCGAUGCCUACCAAUUAGGCGGGACAAUAAUGAAAAAUGUUACACGCGUUCGCAUGCUCGACCAAUUAGCCCUUCUCUUAAUGCUUCCAUAUUUGUGGGGUCUUAUGCUGAUGUCCGAAAGAAGGAACAUAUGCAAUAUUCAAUGGAUACGGAGGUUUUCAUUUUCUUUGUGCCGUUUCCCCAAUCUCCAGUUCCUUAGGAUUGUGAAUGAAGUGUAGAGCUUCAUCACCUUCACACUCAUUUCGUAGAGUUACUACACAUGGAAUUCAA